CCUCUGAACAGGAGCCCACCCUCCAUCCCUGACAUCAUGACCCACUGCUGCUCCCCUUGCUGCCAGCCUACGUGCUGCCGGACCACCUGCUGCAGGACCACCUGCUGGAAGCCCACCUGUGUGACCAGCUGCUGCAGCACACCCUGCUGCCAGCCCUCCUGCUGUGUGUCCAGCUGCUGCCAGCCUUGCUGCCGCCCAACUUGCUGUCAAAACACCUGCUGCAGGACCACCUGCUGCCAGCCCACCUGUGUGACCAGCUGCUGCCAGCCCACCUGCUGUGGGUCCAGCUGCUGUGGCCAAACCAGCUGUGGCUCCAGCUGUGGCCAGACCAGCUCCUGUGCACCUGUGUACUGCACGAGAACCUGCUACUACCCCACGUGUGUCUGCCUUCCUGGUUGCCUAAACCAGAGCUGUGGAUCCAGCUGCUGCCAGCCUUCUUGCUGCUGAUUAACUCCCAAGAGAACCACUAUCCUCACACAACAGCUUUCUGCUCAACCAACUUAUCUUUUGGGGGACCAAUUUACUUUGCUGCCAGAAACCAUGCUCUCGUCCACAUUUUUAUGAAUUCUCUACAUGUUUAAAAUCUUGUCAAUCAGCUUGUGGGAGGUCAGAGUACUUCAUCUUGAUUCUCUUUUUCCUUACACCUUGUGGAUCAUGUGCCAGCUUUAUGUGUUCCCAAUUUAGAAUCAUGGUCUCAGCUUUGACUCUAAAGUCAAGAGCUUCAUUCUCUUCCCCUAAAAAACUUAAGUUCCUGCAACUGAUCAAGAAUCUUCACGAUUAUGUUUUCUUUUCAAUGUACUCAUGAUUCGUGUAUCCUCCUUUCUUCUUUUAGUGAUCACUUUGGGUUAUCUCCCUAAAAACAGGGAUUCUUACCUAUAUACUCCUCAAUAAAUGAAUUCAGAACCAUUCUUCAUCUCA